AAUAACUGUCUCUAAUAGUGAGUAAUUUGCCAAUAUAAUAAACAAGUUGAAUUAUUUUUCAAAAGUUUUUUGUGAUAGUGUGAUAUCUAGAAUUUUACAAUAUCGAAAGCUAUUUAUGUACAUUUUUCAAAAAGUUUUAGAUAGCAUAUUUAAACGUUAACCCGGCUUUUUCCUCGUGUUUGAUAUUGUCAAAAUUGUAAAAAUGGCGGAUCCGGGGCACAAGAAUCGUUUGCAAAAUUUCAAGAACAAAGGAAAAGAUCAAGAUGAAAUGCGAAGACGGAGGACCGAGGUUACGGUGGAGCUUAGGAAAAACAAACGCGAGGAGACCCUACAGAAGCGCCGUAACGUUCCAAUCGCCGAUUCGACUGACGAGGAUGACAUUGAAAAAUCACUGUCUAACACCAAUCUCGAGCAGCUAGUACAACAAGCUGCGCUAGACGACGAUCCCUCAGUGCAAUUGCUGGCGGUGCAGUCCGCCAGGAAGCUGCUCUCUUCGGACCGGAACCCUCCGAUUGACGCCCUCAUUUCUAGUGGAAUUUUACCUAUACUCGUUAAAUGUUUAGAAAGACACGAUAAUCCCUCUCUACAAUUCGAAGCGGCUUGGGCCCUCACGAAUAUCGCUUCUGGGACUUCGGCGCAAACCGACAAAGUCGUAACGGCCGGAGCCGUGCCGCUUUUCCUCAUGUUACUCCACUCGCCCCACCAAAACGUCUGCGAACAGGCCGUUUGGGCGCUGGGCAACAUCAUAGGCGACGGUCCCGUUCUUAGAGACUAUGUUAUUAAUUUGGGUGUCGUGGAUCCUCUGUUAUCAUUCAUUAAACCCGAAAUACCUAUAUCGUUUUUGCGCAACGUCACUUGGGUUAUCGUGAAUCUUUGCAGAAACAAGGACCCACCGCCCCCUGUACGCACUAUAGGAGAACUACUUCCGGCCCUUAACGCUCUAAUUCACCACACCGAUUUCAAUAUCUUAGUGGAUACUGUGUGGGCGUUGAGUUACCUCACCGACGGCGGCAACAGUCAAAUACAGAUGGUGAUAGAUAGCGGAGUGGUGCCGAAAUUGAUUCCGCUUCUCAGCCAUAAAGAGGUGAAAGUUCAAACUGCAGCUCUGCGCGCCAUCGGUAACAUCGUGACCGGUACCGAUGAGCAAACGCAAGUCGUACUCAACUGCGACGCUCUGAGCCAUUUCCCAGCCUUGCUCGUCCAUCCCAAGGAGAAGAUAUGCAAAGAAGCCGUGUGGUUCUUAUCUAACAUUACUGCCGGCAACCGGUAUCAAGUACAAGCCGUUAUCGACGCCGGACUUUUGCCGAAAAUCAUCGACAACCUGAAGAAGGGCGACUUUCAAACUCAGAAAGAGGCCGCCUGGGCCAUCAGCAAUCUGACCAUAGGAGGCAGCAAAGAUCAAAUCGCGAGGCUGCUGCAGGAAGGCGUCAUACCGCCCUUCUGCGAUCUACUCAAUUGCAAGGAUGCUAUGGUGAUACAAGUGGUGCUGGACGGUAUCAACAACAUGCUCAAAACGGCCGGGCCUCAAGUCGAACAGCUUUGCACCAUGAUCGAAGAGUGCAACGGUUUGGACAAGAUCGAGGCGCUCCAGAAUCACGACAACAUCGACAUUUACAAAUUGGCGUACGAAAUUAUCGAGCAAUAUUUCGGUGGCGAGGAAGUGGAAGAUUCCAACAUAGCUCCGUCUACAGGCGAGACAGGUUUUACAUUCGAUCCGAACACCAACGUUCCUAACGAGGGAUUCAAAUUUUGAUCUUUUUACGUUGAUAAAAAUUACUAAAAGUAAUUAAAGUUGUUCAUUAGCGAGAGAGCAAGCGCUGCUUCCUUACUUUAAUAUCAAACGACAAUGUGUCUAUACAUACAUUCAUUAAAUAUGUACGUUCAUUUUAAGUUCUUGUAUAUAUCGUAUAUAUAUUUUUUAUAUAUAAGAUGAUUCAAAAAAAAAGUAAGCUGGGAUAAGGAAAUGUGUUUUUUCCGUUUUACCCCCGGUGUCUUUGAGAAUGUUUAUUUGAUUUGAAUUUUGCGGAUAUGGAAUUUUUGAUAACUUUUUUUUGUGUGGUGUAAAUUAGAAUUAAAUGCUUAGUACUGAAUAUGAAUUUUAUAUAGAAAUUAUUUGUUAUAACGAACUGACUUGUAAAAUCUGACUUUCAUUUGAAUAGGGACUCUUAAAAUUGAAUAAAUAUUCUCGAGGAUGUUAUAUCUCAAAAUAAAGAAAUGAAUGAAAAUGUGAUCCACAGAAUCAUAAUUAAUAUAUUAAAAUGACCGUACAUAAUCAGAAGGAUCUGAGCAUGAUAUAUAGGUAAUUUAUUUUAUUUUUUUUAUGAAAUGUGAUUAAAAAAUGUUAAUUUAUUGAAUAGACUUGUGAUGCAAUAAAAAGUCAUGCGCAGAUUUGGUUAGAUUUUACUUAAUUGUAUUUAUUAUGAUAUUAACUUUUGACAUUUUUUUUUGUUCGAAUGCAAACACGCUUCAAUUUGCGAACUAAGACAUUUUCUAUUAGGUACGUUGAUUGUCAAUUACCUAGUCGAAUAAAUUCUAAUGGCAACGCUAAAGUAAAAUUUUUAAUAAGGUUAGUUAGGGAUUCUGAGGAGCAUGAAAGCAGAACUGAAGUGGUUUGCAUUAAACGGAACUUUUUUAAGGAAAAGGUAAAAAUAUCGACUGUUUACCUGUUGUUUUUAUAUUUAGGGAUCGCUAAAUUCUUGCUUUUUUUUUAUUAUUUCGGUUACAAAUUUAUUUCCAAUGUAUGAACUAAAUUUAAGUCAAAACUAUAUACUUUCCUUAUCUAUCGUUUCAUCAUUUAGGAAAUUGUUCAGUUGUAAAUUUAUAUAGAAUAAACAUUCAA